AUGGACGGCAGGUACUGCGAGAGGGGAGAAGAGUGCGGGCGGACCGUCUCGGUAGGUGUCACGGAUGGCAAGACGAUAACUACCGACGUUGGCGAAAGCUACACGGCGACGAACGCCACAUCAGAUAGUCGAACGUACACGACAACUUUGGGCAUCUCAUUUGAUAUACCCCCCGGUAUGGGCGGAAUCGAAAUCCCUCUCCCAAAGGGUUCAGAGCUCACGGGAUUGGGAGUUCCAAAGGCUGGUGUAACGUAUAGCAAGGCAUAUGCGAAAGCCCUCAGCUGGACGCAAACCGUCGCCAGGGGGCAUACGUUUAGCGUCUCCAAUUCCACUUCGUACAGUCUCAACAUUGGCGAAUCGGAUAGCCUGUCGAGGCCUAGCUGGUCACAGGGCUACUGCGGGAGCUGGUUUGCCGUGCCAGUAAUAGGCUUGAGCUGUGGCCGGGGCGCGCGUGGCGAUCUGGUACCUAGCGAUAGGGGGGGUGGUUCACAGUGCCUCCUGAAUCCCGAGGACUCGGCCUUCUCGCACUGCUUCAACUACACGUUCACGGACAACCGGCUGCCGGGCCAGACUAAGCACAAGACCGUCUUCGUGCUGCGCGACUGCGACCAGGGCUUCAUCCUGCCGGGCGAGUGGCAGCACCCCGUGUUUGCGUACAGCUUCUUGCCCCAGACCCUCGUCACGGACCACAUCCUCCGCUACGGCUGGAAGGAGUUCCCCGACACACGCAAUAAGCCCCGAGACGACGAGUGGGUGCACCAGAAGCACCUCAUGAACUUCACCAAGACCCUCGGCCCGGUCGACCACACCGUCGAGCUCUGCGGCAGGGGCAAGUACUGCUCCCGGCACAAGCUGACGCCCGGGAACUGCUACAACAUUCCGCGAGGCUACGCCGGCACCAGGUCGUCGUACAUCGUGUCGGCCAAGACGACGCCCGGCAACUGCUGCGUGCUGUUCAGCAGGCAAGAGUGCCACGGCGUGGCGCAGGUCGUCAAGGGCGACAUCCCCGACUUCUUCGCCGUGGGCUACGAGGGCCAGGCGCACAGCGUCGUGUGCAAUGUCGAGGAGUACUGCAACCCAAACAUCAUCGACAGCCUGACGCUGUCCUAA